AGAUGAUUUCUGCAGAAGUUCCCCCAAAUUCAAUCCAAUCCAAUGUGUAAAACCUAGAAACCCCACCUCGAUCAGUUCCCAAUAUAACAAGCCACACUUAACCAUAACCAUAUUGAUUCUUUAUCAGCUGAUUCGCGGAAACACAUACAUACUGUUUUUGCAUAAAUCAUUUGUAUCUUCUAUUCUGGGUGGAGUCCGUGAACGCGUCAGUGUCAAAGUUGAUGCUUUUACUUGAAGAUUUGGGCAACACUUAAUUGCUCGAGCGACUUUGAUGUGGUGUAGUUGCGGAUUGGUUUGAUUAUUGCGUUUGACUUGUUGUCGACUCGAGUUACUGGCGAUAUUGGACGUUGAGGAAUUUGGGAGCUAUUGGGGGAUUCGAUUUGAGGGGGUGGGAUUUUCCUUUCUGGAUUUUUUUUUAGUUUUACUUUUUUUUUCCUAAUGUUUUUAGCUUUGAUUCGGAUGCUUAAGGAGCUGCAGACUGUACUAUUAUUAAUGUGAAAUGAAAAGAUAGUCCAGUUGAUGUUCUGGGGAAGUUGAAGACUGAAUUAAGGAGAAUUUGAACUUUAGGAGGCUGUUGAGUUGGUUCUCUAGUUGAUCUUUUGUUGAUACUUUAGGGCUCUGUUAUUGUGAGGUAAAGUUACCAUGAUGGAUGAGGCUCCAUGUAGCUCUAACUCGGUGGCGCCUUUCCUUGCUAAGACGUAUGAGAUGGUGGAUGAUCCAUCUACAGACUCGAUUGUAUCUUGGAGUCAGAGUAACACGAGUUUCAUUGUGUGGAACCCUCCAGAGUUUUCCAGGGUGCUUCUGCCCAGAUACUUCAAGCACAACAAUUUCUCCAGCUUUAUUAGGCAGCUAAAUACAUAUGGAUUCAGAAAAGUCGAUCCUGAACAAUGGGAAUUUGCAAAUGAAGGUUUUGUUAGAGGUCAGCUCCACCUUUUGAAGAAUAUCCAUAGACGGAAGCCUGUUCACAGCCACUCAACACCGAAUCUGGCUCCCUUACCUCCCAUGAGUGAGUUAGAAAGGAAAGGAUAUAAAGAGGAUAUUGAGAGGCUCAAGUGUGAAAAAGAAUCGCUCAACGUGGAAUUGCGUAGACACAAAGAGGAGAAACAAGAUUUUAUGUUGCAAAUGAGGGCUCUCGCUGAACGCGCACAAAAUGUGGAACAACAUCAUGCAAGUAUGUUGUCCUCUUUGGCUGAGACAUUGCACCAACCUGAUCUCAUGCCGCAAAUGGAAGGCCAUGAUAGAAAGAGAAGGUUUCCUGGAAACAGUUACUUAUGUGAAGAAACCAGCAAUGAAGAUAGUCAGCGGCCAUCUUCACAAAAUUUGUCACUGGACAGUUUAGAUGCUGAUGCACUGUUGACUUUAAACAAGGAACUGUUGGAACAGAUGGAUUCAUCUGUGUCGUUCUGGGAGAAAAUAAUUUUUGAGGUUGGUGAAGACUUGGGAAAAUCUGAUUCAUCGAUGGAGUUGGUUGAAUCAACGAGCUGUGCGCUCAGCCCCAGCAUAUCUUACACCCAACUCAAUCUUGAUGUUGGAGGAAAGACACCGGAAAUUGACAUGAAUUCUACCCCUAGAGCUGUUAGUGCUCCGGAGGUGCAACCUCCAACUGAAGAGGAGGCAAUAGUGACAGCAGCCAAUUCAGAGAAGAAUGCUGAUGGCAAGAAGAAUGAAAACAAACCAGGUGAUCAUGGGGUGCCCUGGUGGAACAUGAGGAGUGUAAAUAACCUUGCGGAACAGUUGGGCCAUCUUACUCCAGCGGAAAAAACUUGACCUACAGUAGGUUCCUCUUUUUGAUGAUAUCUUAUGCUUAUGGAUGUUGAUUUAGAGAUGACGUUUGAUUACGCAGUAGGUAGACAUUUGUUAUAUAACCUCGCCUCCUGCACAUAUUAUCAUUGAACUUGUGCUGCAAUUUUCGGUUUGUACACAUUGUUUUGGUUGUAUAGUAGAGGAAUACUUCUUAACUUUUUGAGUUUGUGUGUUGCAUGCAGAUAUACUGCUUUUGAGUUUUUAUGUCGAACUCCUUGCUUAUUCCUGGUUUGAGCAUGCACAUUGUAAUGAAUGUGCGACAUGUUAGUUGUCGUGGAGAUGUAAAGAUGCUUGGUUCUUUAAUGUAUAUGAGGUGCACUUUUUGCAA